AUGCUCGCCAUGCAGCAGUUCCGUGUAUUCUCACAGAAUACCCCACGGGAACUAGGCUUCCCAUACCUCUACUCCGAAAUGGCAGGUCUCCUGCAUGCAAACAACAUCCAUUCAAACGGCGCAGGCUUUGCGCAUCUAGAAGGGCCCAUCAUCCAACUCCAACCCCUCAUUCUGUCAGGCAGGGAUCCGUCCUCGGUAUAA